AUGUCCCAGAUAAAAAAUGCUACCCAAGAGCCCUUCGUCUUCAUCCUCACAGGUAUCCCCGGUUUCGAGUCCUAUCACAGAUGGAUCUCCAUUCCCUUUUGCUGCUUCUACACAAUCUCCAUCAUAGGCAACAGUAUCAUCCUUACUGUCAUUCGUACAGAGCCAUCUCUCCACCAGCCCAUGUACCUAUUUCUCUCCAUGCUGGCUCUGACUGACCUGGGUCUCACCCUCACCACCCUGCCCACAGUCAUGCAGAUUCUCUGGUUCAAUGCCAGAGAAAUCAGCUUUGAAGCAUGCUUUGUGCAGGUAUUUUUCAUUCAUACAUUCUCUUUCAUGGAAUCAACUGUCCUGCUAGCCAUGUCCUUUGACCGCUAUGUGGCCAUCUGUCGCCCUCUGCGUUACGCUUCCAUCCUCACCAAUGAAGUCAUUGGCAAGAUUGGAGUAGCCAUCAUUUGUCGCUGUGUUCUCGCUGUUCUUCCCUCCCUUUUCCUGCUCAAGCGCCUGCCCUUCUGCCGCUCACACCUUCUCUCUCACUCCUACUGUCUCCACCAGGAUAUGAUUCGUCUGGUCUGUGCUGACAUCCGAGUCAACAGCUGGUAUGGAUUUUCUCUGGUGUUGCUCAUUAUAGUGAUGGACCCAUUGCUCAUUGUGUUAUCUUAUGCAAUUAUCCUAAGAAGCGUCCUGAGUAUUGCCUCUAUGAUUGAGCGACUCCGUGCCUUCAAUAACUGUCUGUCCCACAUUCUGGCUGUCUUGGUCCUCUAUGUCCCUAUGAUUGGAGUAUCUAUGAGUCAUCGCUUUGCUAAGCAUACUUCUCCACUGGUCCACGUGAUCAUGGCUAAUAUCUACCUGCUGGCACCUCCUGUGAUGAACCCCAUCAUUUACAGUGUUAAGACAAAGCAGAUCCGCCAGGGAAUUGUCCACCUCCUUUCCCAAAGAAACAUGCACUUGAGAUGA